AUGGGUCUGAGUGGGAAAGUGGAGGGUGAAGUAGAGAUUGAAGCCUCUGCAGAAAAGUUCUUUCACGUCUUUAGAAAGCAAAUUCAUAAUCUUCCUAAUAUCUCCUCAGAGAGGAUACAUGGAGCUCAAGUUCAUGAAGGUGACUGGGAAAAUCUUGGUUCUGUCAAACACUGGGAGUUUUCCAUAGAAGGAAAAAGGAGAAGUGCUAAGGAGAAGAUUGAAGUGAUAGACGAUGAUAACAAGACAAUAACAUACAGCCUCUUCGAUGGGGAAAUCACUGAGAGUUACAAGAGUUUAAGGUGCACACUGCAAGUGAUUGAAAAGGAGAAUGGGGGGAUUGUGAAAUGGACAUUGGAAUAUGAAAAACUCUCUGAGAAUAUCACUGCUGCAUCUCCUGAUUUAUACUUGGACUUUGCUGUUAAGGUCACCAAAGACAUUGAUGAUCAUCUUCUCAAGGCAUAA